ACAACAAAAAUGGCGUGCUGGCGUCUUUCAUAGAAUUAGACAUUCUUCUGGUUUUUAAAUGAUUAUUUUGCUUUCGCAAUGUGGUUCCCAGUCAUUAGUUACGCGAAAUAAGAAGACGAAUUUUCACAAAUUUCCUUAAUGGCUGGAAGUUAAGUGGAAUACUCAUGUCCGUUUUAAAAAUCGAAGAUAGUGCCUAAAUAGUAGAGGUUCUAAUGUUUCAUAGAUCUAUUGUAUCUUGUCGCGCGAAUCUAUGAAAGUGAAUUCGUGAUAUUUUUGUUGAUUUUAACUAAAAACUAUUGAACAUGGAAACUGAUAAAGUGUGCCGUGUUUGUUUGAUAACUGAUGUAAAACUGCAUGACUUGAGAUCAUAUCCAUUAGAUUCUUACUAUGAGUCUGUUAUUGGCACCAACCACCUCUUCUCACAUUUGCCGCCAUAUGCCUGCUUCGAGUGUGCAGCACUGGUGAGGAAGUUCUAUUUCUUCAGACAGAAAUGUUUGAGGAGCCAGGCAGCACUCUGCGCUGUGGUAGACCAAUCUGGCAAGGCAAAAAAAGAUCAACUCGAUGCAAUAGACAGAACUAGCCUCCAUAUCAAUUCAAGCUUUGGAGUCUACUACACAGCAGUAAUAAACAUACCUUUGGACAAUGAUCAACCAAUAAAACUUGAACCUGUCACUGAAGAUUUUGAUUUCGACACUGAUAAUGAUAAAAUUAAAUUAGAAGACCACACUUAUGCUUUAAAUGUUGGCUCAGAUCAUAUUGCAUCCAGUGAUGAUGAUGAACCACUUUCUCUACAUAAGGAGAAGAAAAGCUUAACAUUUACAAAGGAUGAGUCAGUUCAAGAGAAAAUAGAAUUUAAGGAGGAUUUUGGGGAACUUGCUUUUGCUGUAGGAGUAGACGAUGGAGACUCUGGACAUAUUAUUGAAGUUCCUCAAGUUGUAGAAAGAAAGAAAAAACGUAAAUUAAGAGCUGACACAAAUAAGUCUUCAAAGAACCUAUAUAAAGCAUCUAUUGGACCGUCUGCCGAUUUUGAACAAUAUGUAAAUGUGAUAACGUUAACAUUGGAAGAACAGAUAGCAGAAGUAAUGAAGCGAAAAGAGUCAGCAAAUUAUUUGAAUUCUCCAUACCAGUGUAACCUUUGUUAUAAAGGUUUUAUAGAUAAUGAUGCAUGGAAUCACCAUGUUAGCAAACAUGCUGUGACGGCAGGAAGUGUAGAAUGUAUAGUGUGUAAGUUCCGGUUUAAAACAAAACGUGCGUACCAGAAACAUGCGUCUAACCACGAGAAGAAAUAUGCUUGUAAAUCGUGUCCAUACGUUUCUAGAACACCGACUCAAGCUAAGCAACAUCAAGGUUGGCAUAAGGGAGUCACGUUCGAGUGUAAUCACUGCGGUGAAUCAUUUACCAUCUGGACAUCAUACAUGAGCCAUGUCCGCAUCAAGCACCCGUCGCAGCACAUCUGCAACGUGUGCGGCUACUCCUUCAUCAGUAAGAUGGGCCUCAACAUGCACAAGAGUAUGAUGCAUAAGGACCCGCAGGAGAACGCAGCAGAGAGCACAGAGGCGGGUCCCUACUGCGCGGAGUGUGAUGUCAAGUUCAUCUCUACUGAAGCGUACAAGCGACACAUGGUCAUGUCCGUCAAACACACCCAGAGUACAGAACAUAUUAACGGGUGUCGGAACUGCGGCGCCACGUUCGACACCGCCGAGGAGUUACGUCUGCACCACAGGAAGGAACACUCUCGUAAGAGACCCAAGCACUACGGGAAGAAAAACAAUAAAAGUUUCCCUAUGCAGUGCGAACAUUGUUCAGAAACGAUACCGACCGCUCGGGACUACUGGACCCAUUUCCGUCGUGCACACCCGGAUAAGAAGUAUCCUAUACAGAAGAAUUAUAUCUGUGAUAUCUGUGGCAAGGGCUUUAGAGGCAACGCAUUCCUAGUGUACCACAAACGCACCCACUUCGAGGAACGUGCGUACAAAUGUUCUCAAUGCGACAAGGCCUUCUACAACAGAACGAACCUGCAGGUGCACGAGAAGUCCCACUCCGACUCCCGGCCUUACUCCUGUUCUGUGUGCUUCAAGGCUUUCAAGAGUAAAGGGGCGCUUGAUAGACAUUUUAGAUGCCACUCAGGCCUAAAACCCUACGAAUGCGAAGUCUGUGGGCGAGCAUUCUCUCAGUCCAACAGCAGGAAAGUGCACGUCCGCACCGUGCACCUCAAGCAGCCCGCGCCGUACGUCAGUCGAGCUAGACUGGAAAAACGCAAGCCUAACAAGGAGACGCAGCAAACACAACCUUUUGUUUAUUGAUAAAUGUAACAAAUAUAAAAAUAAAUGUUGGGUGAAAGUUUUCUGGGCGCCCGAUUCUGCUAAGUUAAUAAUGUAAAAAUUGUAUCGCAAUAGCAGUUUUAACCUUAGCGGGCAUUCUGCUACUAAUAUAAGACCAAUCGUAUUGCAAUCACAUUCGAUUGGUUUGCGAUUGGUCUGCCAUGCCACAUAUGCUUCAAUCGUAAUUGUUGGUAAAUAUUAGUUGGAUAUCAAUCGUAUGUCGCUUAAGUAAAAUUAGCCGAAUCGAGCCCCUGUUCUGAAGAUGGCGUCUAUUUAUGGGCAGAUUUCAGUAGGAUGUAAUGAUUUGACUAAGGCGGCCAACUUUCCAAAAACUGAAUGCGGGACUUAACCUUUCGUGAAAAAGGGGCUUUGAAAAAUGAUCGGACGGAACUGAUAAAAUAAAAACCGUAAGCAAAAAGCUAUAAUUUAACCUAUCAAUAUCGUGUCACAGCGUGCACUAAUGUCUUAUUUUCAAAAUCAUUAGGCCUCACGAGUUCAGUAGAAGUAAAGAGAACGAGAUUAUAUUAGAGGUAUAGGUAAUCUGUGUUCCUGCACUGUUGAGCGUGCGCGCAGGUGGGUGUUGUGUAGAAGUGUGGUAGAAAAAUAGUGAUGCGGGACAUGCGGGACGCAUACAACGUUUUGCGGGACUAUUUUACUAAUAAUUUCAAAACGGGAUUUCGUCAAGCAUUGCGGGACGGUUGGCCGCCUUAGAUUUGACUGAUUCUCUUUUUAGUAUUAUUUUACUCGUGUAAAUUAAAUAAGGCAACGAAUUACUGUAGGUAUUUUGUUACCUCCAUAAGGCUUUGUAGUCACAAUCGCUAGGAUGUUUUUUUUUACUAGAUUAUUUUGGAUAAGGAUAUGGCUCGCAUCGAGUCAAGAUACAAAUAUUAUAACUUUACACUUUGCUAUUCACUAGUAUUUCCAGUAAUAAAUAUAAUUAGCCUUUGAUUCCUUUUUUUACACAGUUACCACUCACAAGCAUUAUAUUUUUCUUUAUGAUUU